CCUCCCUGAUUCCCUCCGUUCCCUACUCCCUACUCCCUACUCCCUAGUCCGUAUCUCCUCAGUUCUCAGUUCUCAGUUCUUAGUUCUUAGUUCUCACACAGUCUAUCUCUCUCUCUCAAAAUCUAAAUGGCAGACAAGAGGAAGCGCCGCCGUCCCGAUUCCGACACCGAGGAAGACACACCCACACCCACACCCACCAUCAAAACCCCCCAUUUAUCUUCAAAAUCUCUCCCUUUCCAAAAACGUCUAAAACCAGACACCACCAUUCUCGAAUCCCUCAAACAACUCGCCGAUUCCGUCAAAACCACUUCCAAAAAACCCGGUACACUCGCCUCACUCUCCACCUCUCUCUCUACCUCUUGCCGCGAAGUUACCGACCUCUCCCUCGACUCCGUCCAAUCCGAAAUCGAAACCCUCGUACUCUCCCUCACCAAAUCCAUCUUAUCCGGCAAUGGUUUCUCCUUCAAUGUCCCAUCUCGCGCUUCUUCCAAUCACCUCUACAUCCCUGAACUCGACCGCAUCGUCCUCAAAGACAAAUCCUCUUCUCGCCCUUUUGCUGCACUGGGGUCUGUUCGUAAAGCUACCAUCACUGCUCGUGUUAUGUCUCUUGUACAUCAGCUUUGUGUCCGUAACAUUCAUGUCACUAAACGAGAUCUUUUUUACACCGAUGUUAAGCUUUUUAGUGAUCAGUCUCAGAGUGAUGCUGUUUUAGAUGAUGUUAGUUGUGUUUUGGGGUGUACUAGGUCUAGUUUGAAUGUUGUUGCUUCUGAGAAAGGGGUUGUUGUUGGUAGGCUUGUUUUUAGUGAUAAUGGUGAUGUUAUUGAUUGUACUAAGAUGGGUGUUGGAGGGAAAGCUAUUCCGCCGAAUAUUGAUCGAGUUGGGGAUAUGCAGAGUGAUGCUCUCUUUGUUCUUCUUGUUGAGAAGGAUGCUGCAUUUAUGAGAUUGGCUGAGGAUCGGUUUUAUAAUCGUUUUCCGUGUGUUAUUAUUACUGCUAAAGGACAGCCUGAUGUUGCUACUAGGUUGUUUUUGAGGAAGAUGAAGCUUGAGUUAAAUUUGCCUGUUUUGGCUUUGGUGGAUAGUGAUCCAUAUGGGUUGAAGAUUUUAUCAGUGUAUGGAUGUGGGUCCAAGAAUAUGUCUUAUGAUAGCGCGAAUUUGACUACUCCGGAUAUUAAAUGGUUGGGAAUAAGGCCCAGUGAUUUGGACAAGUAUAAGAUACCGGAGCAAUGUAGGUUGCCGAUGACUGAGACCGAUAUUAAGACAGGUAAGGAUUUGCUUGAGGAGGAUUUUGUUAAGAAGAAUCCUGGUUGGGUUCAAGAGUUGGAGUUGAUGGUUAAGACCAAACAAAAGGCUGAAAUUCAGGCUCUUAGCUCUUUUGGCUUUCAGUAUUUGUCUGAGGUUUAUCUGCCUCUUAAGUUGCAGCAGCGAGAUUGGCUCUAAUCUGUUUUAUAUUGACACUGGAGAUGGAGAGGAGCUGUUAAAAAGAGAGUUACAUACAGGAAUUUUCAUGUUCAUUGUAUUAGAUUUUGAAAUUUGAUGUUGUACUCUGCAUUUUCUUGUAUUUUUAUGACAAUGGGGAGUAAAAAGUCCUUGUUACAUCUUCUAUA